UGCGACACAGUUGGAAGCAGCUGAUUCAAAGAUGGUGGGUGUUUCUGGUUCAUGUCUCUGAAUGACUGAAGUCCAGAAGAUGGAUGAUUGUGUGGAGGAAGAGGAGGAGAGACCAGAGUCUCCAGGAUCCAUCUGUCUCUCUAUGAAGAGUGACCGGUCCAAAGAUAUACUUCUAAACUUCAGUAAAGAACCUGGACCUUCAGACAAAAAAGGUCGGUACUGCAGUCAAAGAGCAGAUUCUCCAGGAUCCAGCUGUCUGUCUCUGAAGAGUGACUGGUCUAUGGAACUCCCUUUAAAGUUCAGUAAAAAACCUGGACCUUCAGACACAAGACGGAGCUCAGACCAGUCGGCUUCAUCAGAAAAUCUGGGAUCCAGAGCAAGCUCUCCACAAGAUGCCGGUCUGCAGCAGGUCCUAGAUGAACAUAAGACCAGUCUGAGGAGGAGAUGUGAACAUGUGACUGAAGGAACCAAUGAAACAGGAAGUAGAACCCUCCUCAACAGGAUCUACACGGAGCUCUUCAUCACAGAGGGACUGAGUGAAGAGGUUGAUACCCAACAUGAGGUGAGGCAGCUGGAGACAGCUUCCAGGAUGAAGAGCCUCUAUGACGCUCCAAUCAGGUGCCAGGACAUCUUUAAAGCCUUACCUGACCAACGUGGAGCCAUCAGAGUGGUUCUGACCAACGGUGUCGCUGGCGCUGGGAAAACCUUCUCGGUUCAGAAGUUCUCUCUGGACUGGGCCGAGGGCUCUGGGAACCAAGACGUCACCGUGGUGAUUCUGCUAUCGUUCAGGGAGCUGCACCUGAUCGGAGAUGAGCAGUUCAGUCUUCUCAGGCUGAUCCAGGUUUUCCAUCCAUCGUUCCAGAAGCUCACAGCAGAGCAGCUGGCUGCCGGGAAACCGUUGUUCAUCUUUGACGGCCUGGAUGAAAGCAGACGUUCCCUGGACUUCAACAACGGUCCGGUCGUGUCUGACGUCACACAGAGCUCAUCGGUCAACGUGCUGCUGACCAACCUCAUCCAGGGGAACCUGCUUCCCUCAGCUCUCAUCUGGAUCACUUCCAGACCUGCAGCAGCCAAUCAGAUCCCUCACAAACACGUGGACAGGGUGACAGAAGUACGAGGCUUCACCGACGGCCAGAAGGAGGAAUACUUCAGGAGGAGGUUCAGGGAUGAAGAGCGGUCCAGCAGCAUCGUCUCCCACAUGAAGACAUCCAGAACCCUCCACAUCAUGUGUCAACUCCCGGUCUUCUGCUGGAUCACUGCUACAGUUCUGGAUCACAUGUUGACCACAGAGCAGAGAGGAGAGCUGCCCAAGACCCUGACUGACAUGUUCUCACACUUCCUGGUGGUCCAGACCAAGAGGAAGAAGAACAAGUACCAGGAGGGACAUGAGACGAGUCCACAGGAGCUGACGGAGGCUGACAGGGACCUUCUCCUGAAGCUGGGGAGGCUGGCGUUUGAACAUCUGGAGAAAGGAAACAUCAUGUUCUACCAAGAAGACCUGGAGCAGUGUGGUCUUGAUGUCCCAGAGGCCUCGGUGUACUCAGGAGUUUGUACCCAGAUCUUCAGGAGAGAGUGUGAGGUCUUCCAGAAACCCGUCUACUGCUUUGUUCAUCUGAGCAUCCAGGAGUUCCUGGCUGCAGUCUACGUGCUCCACUGUUGGUCCACCAGGAACACAGAUGUGCUGAAGAACUUCCUGAGAGGAGACUACAGAAACUCAUCUCUGGAGAACUUCCUGGAGAGAGUCAUGCAGAAAUCCCUGGAGAGUAAAAAUGGCCACCUGGACCUGUUUGUCCGCUUCCUUCAUGGUCUUUCUGUGGAGUCCAACCAGAGACUGUUAGGAGUUCUGCUGAACCAGACGGAGAACGAUCCAGAAACCAUCCAGAGUGUCAUCAACAACCUGAAGGAGAUGAACACUGAUAGCUUUCCUGACAGAAGCAUCAACAUCUUCCAGUGUCUGAUGGAGAUGAACGACCUGUCAGUUCAUCAGCAGAUCCAAGAGUUCCUGAAGUCAGAGAACAGAUCAGAGGAAGAACUCUCUGGGAUCCAGUGUUCAGCUCUGGCCUAUAUGCUGCAGAUGUCGGAGGAGGUUCUGGAUGAGUUGGACGUGGACAAGUACAAGACAACAGACGGGGGUCGACUGAGACUGAUUCCAGCUGUGAGGAACUGCAGAAAGGCUCGAUUUGUUUGUUGUGGACUCUCAGAGACUCACUGUGAAGUUGUUGCGUCCGCUCUGAAGUCCAACCCCUCCUAUCUGACAGAACUGGACCUGAGUCAGAACCCGAACCUGCAGGAUUCAGGAGUGGAGGUUCUGUCUGGUGGACUGGAGAGUCCAAACUGUAGACUAGAGACUCUGAGGUUGGAGUGGUGCAGGUUGUCAGAGAUCAGCUGUUUUUCUCUGGGCUCAGCUCUGAAGUCCAACCCCUCCCAUCUGAAACUUCUGGACCUGAGUGAGAACGACCUGGAGGAUUCAGGAGUGAAACAUCUGUGUGGAUUUCUGGAGAGUCUAGACUGCAGACUGGAGACUCUGAGGUUGGAGAACUGCUGGUUGUCAGAGAUCAGCUGUUCUUCUCUGGUCUCAGCUCUGAAGUCCAACCCCUCCCAUCUGAAACAUCUGGACCUGAAUAACAACCAGAACCUGCAGGAUUCAGGAGUGAAACAUCUGUGUGGAUUUCUGGAGAGUCUAGACUGCAGACUGGAGAAUCUGAGAUUGAAGGACUGCAGUUUGUCAGAGAUCAGCUGUUCUUCUCUGGUCUCAGCUCUGAAGUCCAACCCCUCCCAUCUGGAACAUCUGGACCUGAGUGGGAACGACGACCUGCAGCAUUCAGGAGUGAAACAUCUGUGUGGAUUUCUGGAGAGUCCAGACUGCAGACUGGAGACUCUGAGAUUGAAGGGCUGCAGUUUGUCAGAGAUCAGCUGUUCUUCUCUGGUCUCAGCGCUGAAGUCCAACCCUUCCCAUCUUAAACUUCUGGACCUGAGCAGGAACGGCCUGCAGGCUGCAGAUGUGAAGCAGCUUUCUGAUCUGGUGGAGAGUCCAGACUACCAGCUCCAGGAUAUCAGCUGGGGACAUGAUGAGAGUGUCUAGGAAGGAUGAGUCGUGUCCUGAUGGUCCUCAGAGGUUGAAGCAGCACCAGUUUGUGUGAACAGACUCUGACUGGACCGUGAUGAUGAUGAAGAUGAAGAUGUACAUAGUUUCUUCUUAUAUAUUCAUUUAUUUCAUGUUAAGUCAAAACAUCUUUAUUGUUAUUAUAUUAUUGUUAAAAAAACAGUACAUCAAAAUGUAGCCUUUAAUUAGGGCCCAAGCACUUACAGUGCGAAGGCCCUAUCUGUUGCUGUAUUGUAUCUGUCAUUUUUUUUUCCUCGUUAUUUUUAGUUUCCUUCUUCCGAUGAAAUGAGGGCCUUUUUGCCCCCCUGAACGUGCCCCAAAAGUCACCAAAUUUUGCACGCAAG